AAGCCCGCUGCUCCAGGAUUUUACGGAUCUGAUUCUGUUGCAACAACAAAUGCUGCGUGCAUUUGCCAGGUCGCAUAAACAGGAGCAAUUGCACCGCUAACCUCGGGGCUCCGGCCCAGAACAGACAUGCUGUUAUGGAUUCCGAAAGGCGGGUCAAGGAGACUGAUGACAUUGAGAGUCCUAAGCGGAGUAUCCGAGACAGUGGUUACAUCGACUGCUGGGAUUCCGAGCGUAGUGACUCCCUGUCUCCCCCUCGACACGGCCGCGAUGAUUCCUUCGACAGCCUGGACUCCUUUGGCUCCCGCUCCCGGCAGACACCGUCGCCAGAUGUAGUCCUCAGGGGAAGCAGCGAUGGGAGAGGAAGUGACUCCGAAUCAGACCUGCCACAUCGGAAGCUGCCGGACGUGAAGAAGGAUGACAUGUCUGCCAGGCGGACUUCUCACGGUGAGCCGAAAUCAGCAGUGCCUUUUAACCAGUACCUCCCGAACAAAAGCAACCAGACGGCCUAUGUCCCCGCUCCUCUGAGAAAGAAGAGAGCAGAGCGAGAGGAGUAUCGGAAGAGCUGGAGCACCGCCACCUCCCCGCUGGGUGGGGAGAGGCCCUUCAGCUACCCCGAAACAAUAGAGGAAGAGGGAAGUGAAGUGGGGUCUCCUUGGGAAGAGGACCCAGCUGGCCAGAUGGACCCUGAUGGGAAGCCUUCAGAUGGUGGGUUAGAAUUACCCACUGGCCGUCAUAAGGAGCAGCGUCCCCCAGAGGAGUCUGAAGAAAAAGAUGCUGCUGAAAUCCAAAAGCGCAGGAGGCUAGAGCAAGCUGGGAUCAAGGUCUUGCCAGCAGCACAGCGCUUCGCCAGUCAAAAGCAAUUAAACGAUGAGAAAGAAGUGAUUCGCGAUAUUGUCCUUCGGGAAGAAAACCCUAUCCUGACCCACCGACAUGGCAAAGUUUUAGAGUCAAAAGAUGAAAUUGCAUGUCGACUGCCUGACCUUGAGAAAGAUGACUUUGCUGCGAGAAGAGCCAGGAUGAACCAGACCAAGCCAAUGGUGCCACUGAAUCAGCUCCUCUAUGGGCCUUACCGAAGAAAAGAGGCAGCGAAACCAGAUAGCAGCAAACAACUCUCAAAGGGAAUCUCAGAAAAGAAAAGUCUAGAACAUAAAAGAAACCAGGGUCAGACAGAAGAGCUGACGUCGGGAGUGACCUGUGCUAUGCGGGCUCAGGGGAGUGAACGUGCGGAAGAGGGACUCAGGAAAGUGCCGGAUAUUUACAAGGACGACCUGGCCCAGCGGAGAAUUCAGGGCAGGCUGGCCCCUCACCGCGAGGCUCCGAGCUUUGUCAGUGUCUCCACUAUAACAGAAGCCGACUUGGAGACAUGGGAGAGACUGAAAGUGUCAGGCAAGACGAGGGAUGAGGAUGUUGAGCACCUCUGUGCCCCUGAGCCUUCACCGGAAAUCACAGCAGAAACUGCCAUCCGGGAUGACUUUGCCAGCCGCAAAGCAAGGGCCUAUAAGAAAGCUUCCGGCCCCAAGCAAAAGUUUGUGCACUUUGGACCAGUGACAGAGAUAGAUCAGCAGAAAUGGAAGCGGCUCAGCAUUGGCAAGGCCGGGCCUAGGGAGGAGGUAGAAGAAGUCAUCAGUCACAGCCGCCAGGGUCAAACGGGCUCUGUGUCCCCAGCCUCAGCGGCCACGCCCAGCCCAGAGGAAGACCAAAUGCUCAAUCCACAAAAGGACUGCAGAAUAGUGAAUUCUGGCAUAGAUGACUAUUGCAGAGGGGUCUCGCAGCUGGCUCCCGUGCUGGAGUCCCAGGAGGAGCAUGUCAGCAGUUUGGGCGCGUGCCCAACGAGGACAGAGGAAGUUACAUCCAAACAGCUGCCACAGGAUGGCAAAGAAGAGAGAGGAGUUGCUCAAAGAGAUUCUGAGAUGCCGCCAAAGGCUGAAAGAUGCGAAGAGAGCAGCCAGCCACUUUCGUGUCCUCUGGCCUCUGAAUGUGAGGCUUCGGGGAGAGAAGAGAGCAGCUCAGAGAAGAUGACAGCUCCUGCCUGGAGUGGCAGUGGACUGAAAAAACAAAGAAAGCUGCAUGAUUCCCAAAAAGAUGACAUGAUGGCCAGGAGAACUGGGAUGUCUCUUAGACACAGUGGCUCCAACCCAAACCAGUUCCUUCCGGUUCCAUUUGCAAAGCAGCAGGAAGUGGAGGAAUCUGCCAAGAUAAGAGGUCAGAAGGUUAUUCUAUACGGUCCGAGAACUCCUGUGUCUGAUGACGCAGAGAGCACGAGUAUGUUUGACAUGCGGUGUGAGGAGGAGGGUGCGGUGCAGCCGCACAGCAGGGCCCGCCAGGAGCAGCUGCAGCUGAUCAACAGCCAGCUGCGGGAAGAGGACGACAAAUGGCAAGAUGACCUGGCUCGGUGGAAGAGCCGUAGAAGAAGUGCUUCUCAGGACUUAAUCAAGAAAGAGGAAGAAAGGAAAAAAAUGGAGAAAUUAAUGGCUGGAGAGGAUGGGACAAGUGAACGGAGGAAAAGCAUCAAAACCUACAGAGAAAUUGUUCAAGAAAAAGAGCGGAGAGAGAGGGAGCUGCACGAGGCCUAUAAGAACGCGCGGUCCCAGGAGGAGGCGGAGGGGAUCCUGCAGCAGUACAUCGAGAGGUUCACCAUCAGCGAGGCUGUCCUGGAACGCUUGGAGAUGCCAAAAAUCCUGGAAAGAAGCCAUUCAACGGAGCCAAACUUCUCCCCCUACCUGAAUGACCCCAACCCCAUGAAAUACCUGCGGCAGCAGUCACUGCCUCCCCCCAAAUUCACUGCCACUGUGGAAACCACCAUCGCUCGUACCAGCAUUCUGGAUGCCAGCAUGUCAGCAGGCAGUGGGUCUCCAAGCAAAACUGUCGCUCCCAAAGCAGUGCCUAUGCUGACACCCAAGCCUUACUCCCAGCCCAAGAGCUCUCAGGAGGUUCUGAAGACCUUUAAGGUAGAUGGGAAAGUCAGCAUGAAUGGAGAAACAGUUCACAGUGAUGAGGUGGAGAAGGAAAACGAGUGUCCCACGGACGCACUCGUCCCCUCAUUAACCAAAUCCCAGAUGUUCGAAGGUGUGGCCAGAGUGCACGGGUGCCCAGUGGAGCUGAAACAAGGCAGCAAUAGCAUUGAGAUCAACAUACAGAAGCCAAAUUCUGUUCCCCAAGAUCUGACGGCAACCACUGAGGAAAUGGAACCCAACAGCCAAGAUGAGAAAGAUGGUGAAAACCUAAAAGAAGGGAAUACAGAACUUACAGAGCCACAGCAUUUUACGACUACUGUGACUCGGUGCAGCCCGACCGCGGCCUCCGUGGAGUUUUCCUCCAGCCCCAAGCUGAGGAACGAUGUGCCAGAAGAGAGAGACCAGAAGAAACCGGAAAAUGAAAUGAGUGGGAAGGUGGAGUUGGUGCUGUCACAAAAGGUGGUAAAGCCAAAGUCUCCAGAACCAGAAGCAACCCUGACGUUUCCAUUUCUGGACAAAAUGCCUGAAACCAACCAGUUACAUUUGCCAAAUCUCAAUUCUCAAGGGGAUUCUCCCAGCAGUGAAAAGUCACCUGCAACUACACCUUUCAAGUUCUGGGCAUGGGACCCGGAAGAGGAGCGCAGGCGACAGGAAAAAUGGCAGCAGGAGCAGGAACGGCAGCUCCAGGAGAGAUACCAGAAAGAGCAGGACAAGCUGAAAGAAGAGUGGGAAAAGGCCCAAAAGGAGGUGGAAGAGGAAGAACGCAGAUACUAUGAGGAGGAGCGCAAAAUAAUUGAAGACACUGUGGUUCCAUUUACUAUUUCUUCAAGUUCCGCAGACCAGCUGAAUUCUGAUCUGGCAGAACUUACCAACUCUGCUGGGAAGCGUAAGUGUGGAAUUUGCAAAGGACAGCUUGGAGAUGCAAUGAGUGGGACGGAUGUGAGGAUUCGAAAUGGUCUUCUAAACUGUAAUGAUUGCUACAUGAGAUCCAGAAGUGCUGGCCAACCCACAACAUUGUGACAUGGUUUUCAAGACCCCAGAUCACUCACCACUUCUCUCUUGAGAGUGUCCCCUGGCAAUUGUUUAACAGAAUCCCAUGUUCAGGGGCUUCUCAGCAUUCAUCUAAUUUCUGAAAGGCUAUUCUAAAAGGUGGUAUCUGUUCUUUCAUAGCACAGUGUUCGUGUUUUUCCUGUUCGUUGUUUUUCUCUUUUUUUUGCAUUUGCACAAUAUAUACAAAAGAAUAUUGAACUAUAAUGAUUCUGACUAGUUCAAAAGAAGGUCUUAGCAUGGUCAAACAGGCUUAUGGUUUAAAAUGUGUUAUUCUCUUCUUUGGGGAGUUGAUGAGAUAGAUGAUUCAAUAAACCUGUUUUGUUUUAGUAUUUCUAGGAAUUAAAUACUUUGUGUUUACAAAAUUGAGCUGCAGAAAGUGCAAGACAUGCCAAUUUGAGACACGGGGUCUUUUAAGACAGGAGCUUACAAGUAAUGCAUUUCAGAUACUAAAAACCACAUCAUAUAGCUCUGAGCUAUAACUUGUUUUUAAUGCAAUGACACUAGUCUGAUCAUAUAUACUGUAAUCCUGAAACAUUUGUGUUACUUACCUUUUGAGGCAGAAGUCAUACCAAUAAAUUAUUGCACCGUUAGUAUUAGGUUUAGUGUGCUUUGAAGGUUAUGUCAUUGAUAGAGCCUGGGACAUCAAAUAAAGAGAACCCUUGCACUAUCAGCUAGACUUACACUCUGGACAUUGCCCAAGGGUAGGGGAACCCAGAGGAAAACAUUUUGGUCAUCAUUUCCCAAGUCCUUUCCAAAAUAUGUGAGGAAGUUUGAUCUUCAAAAGAGUGGUGGGCCCAUGCCAGCCACCAGGGCUUUAUUGCUUGCUCCUCUUCAGACUCUACAUUCAAUAAAAGACUCAGCAUAAGGCAUCCGGAAACCCUCAUCGAGGUCGGUCCUUCAUUAAGUGAAACCACUGCUCACCCUUGCCUGCAAGGUCUCCUUGAGGGCACAGGUGUCUAAAGAACAGCAUUAAGUUCAUCCUAAUAGAAUCCAAAUGGCACGUGAUGGGAUAAGCCACUGGUGUGUCAUCAGCAAGAACCUGCAGGUUCCAUGUGCGCUGCCCACCCUAAUGGACAUCUGCUCUUCCUCGUUCUCCUACAUCACCGGCUCUCUCUGCUCUCAAGAAUGCUGAACCUUGCUCAUGGAGACCUUCAGAGAGGAACUCUUGUGGCGAGCUGCUUACUUUUUAAGCCCUGUGUGGUGUUUCAGCGGGCCAAGAGGGGAAUCGAGUGACUAAAAAGCAUCACGUUUUAAAUCUCCAGGUUGUUUUCUUUAAGACUGGGGAAAGGGGGACUAUUUAUUCUGCCUUGAAACGAUGGCAAAUAAGUGAAGAGGACCUUUUGUGAAUGUAGACUGUGGAUGUCUGCCUAAUAGAUUCAUGUAGUCAUUAAAGGAGACCAAGUAGAUGUUCUUCUGUUACGUAAGCAAUAAUUUUUUUUCUGUCUUAUUGAGUAUGGCUAGCAAUUA